UGUCCAUCUCAACUCUAUUGGAGGACUGUGCUUGCGUUUCCAUCAAGAUGACCCCUUAAGGCUUGUCUCUGAGACACCGCCUCGCCGUGAUCAACCCCCACUACAGGCACAUGGCCCGUCACAAACAGAAAGAUGAUGAGGCUGGUGCGGAAGGUUGUGGCAUUCUGAAUACCCGUAAACGUAUGUGGAAGGGUCCUGAUGGCACGAUCGUAACAAAGAAGCCUACUCUUGCGAAAGACAACCAGAAGCCUCAAUCGCCUCCACAGGAGAACGACGACACGCUGCAAGCUCUUGCAGACUUUGCUUUGUUCGCAAACCACGAGCAUAAUACCCCGAUAUCACCACCUGUGUCACACGAUCCAUCACUCAGCAACUCGUUAGAUGAUCGCGAUUCUGGGAUCGCUUCAGGUUACCCGCCGACAACCCUGGUCCCCAACACACUCCCGGUACAGACAUUCUCACCAACAGACCAGCGUUUCUGGUCCACCAAUUUGAACCAAACCGAGCCCGACCCAUUCGUUCCUACUGCUUUCGACGAUGCACCUUUCGACGAGAUCUUCAAUCCAGAUACGGCAAGCUCUUUCAACAACCCAUUUACCACAAUGAGUAAUUACAAUUGGCUUUUCGACAUGGAUCUGGCCCAAGUUCCACAAGUUCAACAGUCGGCAGCCGUGCACGACACAUUUCCAAACUUCUCGUUCCCAAAUCACAACGCAUCGCAGUCAAGCCAUGCAUUCGGUCUUCACCUUGACCACUUGACUUUCGACAAAUCUCUGUCGACAGGGGCUGAAUUUGGAUCAAAUCCAUCUCACAGGACGGAUUCUGUAGUUCAUCACUCCCCUACAGCACCUAUGAUCGCUGCACACAUUGGUGAAGAGCAGCCGCCAGAAAGCAAGACACCUGCCCAUCUGUCUCUACCAAGCAUUGCCAAUACUGGGCAACCCAUGCGGCAUCAUUACGAGGCACAUAUGAGUACACUGUUGCCUGACAUCGAGCGACCUAUGUCCAUGCUACAGCCCUCGAGAAGUCUACCGAUUAUUGAUGAGCUGGCCCGGCAACAGAUCUUAGAUCUUAUCGAUAUAACACAGCCUACUGCUCCGGAUGGUAGCAUCGUCAUGCGAGACCAUCCACUCUUAUCCUUGAGCUGUCUCCAGACGUACUGCGACUUGUUCUGGACACGCUUCAACACCACGUACCCAUUACUGCACAUGUCGACCUUUGAUCCUUCACACGUUGACACUUUACUGCUAACAACAUUGUUACUGCUUGGGGCCACAUAUGGCGAGAAAGAUGCUCAUCAGCUAGCAGUGUGCAUACACGAUGUGCUAAGGCCUCAAAUAUUUGCCAGUGCUGGAUUCUCUGCGAAGCCGGACUUGUGGGUAUUACAAACGAUUCUGCUGGUGGAGUGCUUUGGAAAGAGCAGAGCUGGGCAAAAACAGCAUGAUAUGUCCCAUCUCUUCCAUGGCCUGCUUAUCAAUCUGAUCCGUCGGAGUGAAUGCCAAAGCAUUCGGCCGCCUACAGUAGAAGAAGCUACAGAUGAUCUUGAAGAUGACUGGCGGAUAUGGGUUGAUGCUGAGCAGAAGAAAAGACUCGCCUAUCUCUGCUUCAUGUGGGAUACGCAGCACGCAGUAUUGUUCUGCCAGUCCUUAUGCAUGUCAGCGUUUGAGUUACGGUCAAAUUUGCCCUGCAAUCAGUCGCUUUGGGAAGCGGACUCGGCCGAGAGCUGGCAUCAAUUGCGGCAAAAGCAACCCCCGCCUCCGCUCUUCUUGUCUUGUCUGAAGAUGUAUCUGCAUCCAAACGCCACGCCAGUUCCGAAGACCCUCAACAAUCUCUCGCGUUCUCUCUUGCUGCACGGUCUCAUGUCAGUAGCAUGGGACAUGCAACGCCGGGACCAGACCUCGCUGGGAGAUCCCAUUGCCGCCAGUCCUCUCGGUAAUUGGCAAUCACGCCUUGCAGCCUCUUACACAGCUUGGUAUGCCGACUACGAAUCCUUUUGCAACACCUACAACACUCGCGUUCCCUCUCAUCAACACUUCCUCGCCAAUGAGUUUCAAGUCAUACGUUCCGCCACACUCGCAAUGUAUCACUCCGCCCACAUCCUCUUGCACACACCCUUUCUUGACCUCCAGAUCUACGCCGGCGCGCGCCAUAUCCUUGGCCGCCCCGUUGCUCGCCCAGACUACGUACGCAGCCAACGCAUAGUCAAGAAGUGGGUCGCGGAAAACAUCAAUGAAGCUGGAAAAGCAGUUUGGCAUGCCGCCGCGCUCGUGAGUCAGGGCAUCGAUGUUCUCGACGGCGAACUCGAUGUCGGUGCCGGUCGCCUCUGGCACCACCCGUGGGCUGUGUAUCUUGGCACGUUGGUCGUGUGGGGCGUGUGGUAUGCUCGACCGAUUCCGCCUGCGACGGCGGGUCAGGGUGAGUUAUUGCCGUUCUCACUGCAUGAUGAAGAAGACGAGAUCAUUUGGGAUCCGUCGAGUGAGAUGAAGAGUCUACUUGAAUCUAUCAAUCGGGCGGAACCGGAGAUGCUGUUACAGAUCGGAUAUAAGGAUGGCAUCUCGGGCGCGGCGGGCAAGAGGGGAACGAACGGGCUUGCGGCGUGUGUGAGUAGGUGCUUGAGUAAGGUUCGGUGGGCAGUGGUGCAUGAUGGAAUGAUGGUGCUCAGAGGGUUGGUGCAGUGGCGUCUGGUUGGUGGGAGCGGUGGAGGCAUGUUUGUGUAGUAUGCAUAUCAAAUAUAUGAUACGAGGCUAGUGCAGCGCGUGUCCUGACC